UGCGGAAAGCUAACAGGAUUUACUGCCGUGACUGCAUUCGGACCAUUUGUUCACGUCUUUUUCAAACAUGGACGACUUCUCUACGCCAGUGAGCCAAAGAUGUGGAAGUCGCUUAUGCGAAGAAGUCGAAAUGUCGCCUUACAACGAGUCUCCUUUCAUGAUUCCCCCAUCUCCUUUCAUGACACGACUCGGUCAUGGCACGGGUGUAUCGGUUUAUCGAUUUAAACGCGAACCGAGCAAUAACAGCACUAGAUCGCCUUGGGCCGUGAAAAAAGUCAACAAGAAGGCAAGAUCAGGGAUAAGCGAACGACUCGCUCUAGAAGCAAGUAUUUUGAAACAACUAAAACAUCCAAAUAUUGUCGGUUUUCGUGCCAUUUCGGGAAGUGUAAAUGGAGAUCUUUGCCUUGCAAUGGAAGAUUGCGAGAGAGCCCUCGAAGACAUCAUCGAAGAAAAGGCGUAUCUGGAAGAAGAUUUCACUUACGAUGAAAUCCUAAAAGUUUCUUGGUCUGUUGCCAAUGCCUUGAGUUAUAUACACAACGAAAAAAAGAUCCUCCAUGGCGAUAUCAAAAGUGGUAACGUUCUUAUAAGAGGUGAUUUUGAGGCUGUCAAAUUGUGCGAUUUUGGAGUGGCACUGUGGCUGAAAGAUGAUCUGAGCGGACUGAAAAAUCCUGGAAGUAGAUACAUCGGCACAGAGCCGUGGAAAUGCAAGGAGGCUUUGAAGGGAGGAGUAAUCACAGAUAGGGCAGACAUCUUUGCUUAUGGUCUUCUGAUCUGGGAGAUGCUAGCUUUGAAUGUUCCUCAUGUGGAUUUGCUUGCAGAAAGUGACGAAGAAUCUGACACAGGGCUGACCAGUGAUGAUGAGGACGAUGGUGGUGCUUGUGACACAGAGGAAUACCUAGCAGCAUUAGGAACACGUCCGCCAUUACCCGCCAAGUUUCAAAGUGCAAAUUCAAUGCUUCCAUUCAUGGAGUUAUUUCACUGCUGCACCUCUGAAGACCCCAAAGAGAGACCAAGUGCUAAAGACAUUGUGGCAGCUCUCAAACCUGAGAUCUUGGCGAAUGAUAUCACAAUUUAGGAGUAGAGGGGUAAACAAAUUAAAGAAAAAAACUGUUUUGCCUUGUUAAAAAAUAUAAGCUUUUAGAAUUAUACUAACCUUUUUUUUCAAUACACAAAAUUUUUGUGGAAUGACUUUACAUUGAAGAUACAUACAGUGCAUUGUUACACGAUGGUAAGAGGAGUGUAAAACACUCUAAGAGGUAUUUAUUUGAUAUCAGAUGUCAUAGUCAGAAGCAAUUCAUUUAAAAUCUAGAAAAAUGUAGUCAGGCACUAGUUAUUUAAAGAGUAGGGUCCGUUGACCUUAUUGAAUGCACACUAAAUAAAACAUAAGUGCCAAAAGGUAGAGAGUAAAUACAUGUAUAAUGGUAUCAUUAAUAUUAAACUUCCAAUUGAGAGGAGCAUAGCCCUUAACAAAGACAGGUUAUCAUAAUGGUAACAGAAUGUACAUUGGACUGCAGUCUGCUGUUAAAUUUAUUUACUUCCUAUGCAUACCUGUUGAUUGAACACUGCCAUUGCUCACUCAACAGCAGCAGACUUAUUUCCCAGACACAGGAUCACCAAUGGCAAGUGUUGGGGGGAACACUACCAAGUAAUGUGGUCAGUUAUUGCUAAAAGCCAUAGCUGUUCUCAGGGCUCCACACUAAUGGUGGCCCACAAGCCACAGACAAGUAGAAAUUUAGUUUUGGCUAGUGGUUUUUUAUGUCACAUGCCACUUAGCUAUUAAGUUGCAAAGUUAGUGCUGAGCCCUGGUUCCACCAAUGACAAUUAGAACAGCUGAAAUAUCUCAGCUGUAAAAUAAUUUCAGGUUGGAAAUCACCUGCCAUAAGCUUUCUCCAUUGUCUAAAUUACCUGCAAUUUUAAACCAGAGGUUCAAUAUGCAUGCCUUAAAAUGCAUCAAAGAGAUCCAAAUAGAAAUAAAGUAGAUUUCCCAUAGGAUUCUAUCAAAAUCAUAAGUGAGUGAAAGAGAGCAUUGAAUUGCUGUGAUGUGAAAUACAUAAAAUUAGUGUAUAACAAUGUUAUUUACCAGCAGGGAGGUCCAUAUUCGGAAAAACUUUAGGACCUUUAACAUGAAAAAAAGCUGGUAAAGAACUGUGGAAUUCCCAUGGAAGUAAAACCUUGUGACAAAAUGACAUUUGUUCAUGCAUGUAUUUUGUCAAGUUAUUAAUUGAAGUUAUGAAAAAGGAGAAAAAUGUAAGCAAUUCCUACCAUGGAAAUCAUAA